AUGGACGAGGAAGUGGUGCAGAAGCGGCUGUCGCGAAUUGAGAACGACAUUGGCGAGAUGAACAAGCUCAUCGACGCAAACCUGGCAGAGACGGCAACGACGACGACGGCAGAACCGGCAGAACCGGCAGAGCCGGUGGAGCCAGAGACGGCGACAGAGACAGAGAAGACGGCGACAGAGGCAUCAGAAACAACCACAACCACGAAUUCAGAUGAAUCUACCGCGACUACGAAUACAAGCGAGACUAAAGCGACAGAUACGACCACCACAGAGACAGAGCCCACUGCUCAACCCGCUACAGAACCCACUGUCGUGGGCCCUGCAGUGGGCUCCGCAGACUCUGAUGAGUGGGAAGAAGCUUCCGACGAGGAUGCCCACGACGCAGCCGUCCCUGAACCUGCACCUGCCCCUCCAGUGGAGAAGAUCGUGCUGCCGAAGCACGGUGCAGGUACAGAAGCAGUAUCCUCAGGCCCUGCUGCUGUGGAGUCGCCCGCUACUCGCCGCAAACCUACAAACCCGUUCCGUGUCGUGUCCGUGACGAACUCGUCCAGGUCCUCGAGCGGUGCGAACUCGCGGGUCACAAGCGCGCAAUCCGGUACACCAGCUUGGCGACACGCUAGUGGUGGUGACAGCGUCCCCCCCGACGCAAGCAUCACGAAGCUCCAGGCACGACACGAGUACCUGAUCGACAAGUGCGGCAAACUCUCGAAGGAGAUCGCGUACCUGCGCGGGAUGGAGGACCAAGGAAUGCUCGAGCUGGGCGACGCGAAGAGACUCGACGGUGCCCUGCAGAAGCUGCAGGACUACCUUGACGCGAAGACGAAGGAACGGUACGACGUCGGAGUGCUCCUCAGCAGGAAGCUCCGGAGACAGAUCAACCUGGGCGAGAACGGCGAGUUCUGGAUCAGCAAGAAGUAA